CACUUGUGGAAGGGGUGGUAUAAAGAGUCCUCAUCCGGACCCCAGUCUCCUGCACUCUCCCACCUUAACACUCACUUGUGCACUUCUCUCCCACUUGCGUACGUUUCUCCGGCACCCGCACUCCGCACUCACACAACCACCUGAAGUGUAACGGAUUCGGCCGCAGGAACCCAACACAAGCUGCAUCCAUCGCACGCCUUGCAGCUAAAAGGUGCACAUUUACUGCAUUAAGGAACCCAGAAAUCAGCCAUCGUGGACUCAGCAGAGGAAUCAGCUGUUGGUUUAUACGCCAUGAGUACCAUGAAAGCAGAGACGGAGCACAAUAAUAACAUAGAAGAAGAGGUGCGGACACUCUUUGUCAGUGGACUCCCAAUUGAUAUCAAACCCAGAGAACUUUACUUGCUUUUCCGACCAUUCAAGGGUUAUGAAGGAUCACUGAUCAAGCUAACAUCAAAGCAGCCUGUUGGCUUUGUCACAUUUGAUAACAGGGCAGGUGCUGAAGCUGCAAAGAAUGCAUUAAAUGGUAUUCGAUUUGACCCAGAGAACCCACAGACUUUACGGUUAGAGUUCGCAAAGGCCAAUACAAAAAUGGCAAAGAACAAGCUAAUGGCUACACCAAACCCCACCAACCUCCACCCUGCACUUGGAGCACACUUCAUUGCACGAGAUCCAUAUGACUUAACCGGUGCUACACUAAUCCCUGCAUCACCCGAGGCCUGGGCUCCUUACCCACUAUACACCACAGAGCUGACGCCAGCAAUCCCCCAUGCUGCUUUUACGUACCCGGCAGCGGCGGCAGCAGCUGCUGCUCUUCAUGCACAGAUGCGCUGGUAUCCUCCCUCUGAAGCCGCUCAACAAGGAUGGAAGUCGCGUCAGUUCUGCUAAACCUCUCCAUUGUGUACCAGACAUGAAGCAGUUGAGUGAAUAUCUGAACCUUUUCCAGAUGCCUCCAAAUGUUUGGUAUACAUGUCCAGCAUGGAGCCUUCACAGCAUAACCCUCAGAUUCAAAUGAAUUCUACAGACCUCGUUCUGCUCCAUCUACAGCAGAGGCCAAUUCAAGUGACUUCAAACAUUGGGAUAGUGAAGGCAUGGCCAUUACUGUGCAAGACUCCUAAUGUCUAGAACGAAGGAUUUUCUUCCUUUGCAUGUUGCUCUUCUGGCAUGAAAUAACAAUUGUGUGUAUUUGUUAAAAUUAUUGCUUGUGUAACAAUUGCUGCAAGUCUCCCUAGAUCCAUUGGAUUAUUUCUUCAUGCUUCUGCGAAGGCUUGGUUUAUUGCUCCCCGUCAAUCAGAAAAAAAAUGCACUGUUAAGUCAAUCUUUACAACACCAGUUUCUUUCGUCUUCAUUGGAGAGUAUAUUCUUGCCAAGUACAAUGCAACCUUAUGGGGAAAACAGAGCAAAAGUACCAGUAUUUUUGUAACUUGUUUAAUAAGGAAAUAUUUAUGCAUCUAAGUGUUUUUUUGUGUGGUAUUAAUUAUUAAAAGAAAAUAUUAAUCUGUCGUAAGUUAAUGUUCAGUUAAAGAGCGUGGAGAAUCUGUAUGGUUUGUCUACAGUACUUGAUGAACAAUUGUGCAAUUUGUUUUUGUUGCAGUCUACUGCUUGACAUUGAUAUUUCAGUAUUAUGAAAGGCAUCCUGCUUGUAUGAGAAUGUGUUUCUCUACUGAUGAUCCUAUGAAAAUGUGAUACUGGAUUAAAAAUAUAUAAAAUAUUUAAACUCAUA